CACACCACAUGGCGGUUUUUCCUGACGACCACCUCGAUGCUGCUGGUCAUGCUCGGACAGCUAUUCCCUGCUUCAUUGCUGCUUUUAUCCUCCGCCAAAACCAAUAGUGUCACCACUCCCUCGACGAUAUCCAAGUCAUGGGGCGCGUACACACCCUACUUCGCCGUUGGAGCGUAUGAGCCCCCACCAAAGCAGUGUGUUAUUGAACAGGCUCAUAUUCUGGAACGCCAUGGAGCCCGUUUCCCCACCUCGGGAUCUGGCGCAUCUAUCAAGGAAGCAAUCGAAAAACUGCAGAAGCCCGCGACCUACAAUGAUCCGCGCAUGAAGUUCUUGAAGAACUUCACUUAUUCGUUGGGAGUGGCCGAUUUGGUACCGUUUGGCGCAUUGCAGUGCGUCCUCUACUAUUCAUUUGAUCACCCCACCGUAAUGGUCAUAGGUCUCGACUAUCGGGGGCGCUCGUCUACCAUCGCUACCGAGAACUUCUCAGCGCUGACAACAUACCCUUUAUACGAGCCUCGAGUGGACAGCGAGUGGUGGACAGUGCGACGAAUUGGACCGCUGGUGAGGCGUCUGUCGGGCUUCCCUGUCCUCAUGAAGAGUCUUAUGAAGCACGCAGGGUUCUCUGCGGCGAGCCAAGACAUCUAUAAACCAACUCUCAAUGUUGUUCUGUCUGAAGCCGGGAACGACACCUUGGACGACAAUGGCUGCCCUAAUGCCGGAUCUUCGGACACCCAAACAGCAGCGUGGCUAUCGAUAUUCGCUCCAAGCAUCACUAAACGACUUAACGCUGGCGCGCCGGGAGCGAAUCUCGUCGAUUCGGAUACGUAUGCGCUCAUCGCGAUGUGUGCAUUCCACACCGUCGCGACAGCUCAAGGCAGCAAUCUGACACUAUCUCCCUUCUGCGAUUUAUUCGACAAAGGAGAUUUCAUGGACUUCGAAUAUGCAAUGGACUUGGACAAAUAUUAUGGCACCGGCUAUGGUGCGUUCCUUGGCCGCGUCCAGGGGGUAGGAUACAUCAACGAACUCAUAUCUCGCCUCACCUCUACGCCGGUCAACGACUCUACACAAACGAAUACGACGCUGACCUCUAACCCGGAGACUUUCCCGCUCAAUCGGACCAUCUAUGCCGACUUCUCACACGAUAACCAGAUCAUUGCGAUUUUCACUGCAAUGGGACUGUUCCGCCAGCAAAAAGCCCUAGACCCCACGAGCAGGACCGCAGAGAGCGGACGGACGUGGCUCGCGAGUCAUCUGGUACCGUUUAGCGCAAGAAUGACAGUUGAGAGGCUAUUGUGUGGGCCAAAGGAGCACAAGACGAAGAGCGUGAGGAUAUUCGUCAACGACGAAUUACAGCCCCUGGAGUUUUGUGCGGGAAGCAAUGCUGAUAAACAGAUGACAAGGGCGGGCAUAUGCAAGUUGGAGAGGUUUUUGGAGAGUCAGAGUUACGCGAGGAAUGGAGGUGAGGGCGAGUGGGAUGAGUGUUUUACUUGA